AUGACCCAAGCAGUUCCUAUUCCUGAUCACAAUUACAGUAUCCUGACUCCCGAGCAACUAGCGCUCCUUAAAGAGCGUGCUCAGCCCCGCAAAUCCAAAGGAAUCGAUCAGGAACUUGAAAUGAGCAGAACCCGUCAUGAAAAGACGGUUACGCUUGUUUCUGGAUGGCAAAACACAGUAGCUAGAAACAGACUUGACAGACAAACACGCCUUCAAAAAGAAAAAGAAGCCGAAGAACAGAGAAAAAUAUUAAUCGACGAAGAAGAAAAGAAAUUCCAAAAACUCAAAAAGCAAGCUACAUUAGCGGAAGCCAAGAAGAAAGGAUUCUUACAGCGCUCAGAAGUUCGUGCAGUUAAUGCCCAACUUCUCCUUCAUGAAGUCCAAUUGGAGCGCCAAGCACAAGAAACUUUUGCAGAGCGUCGUAAGAUUAUGGAGAUGCAGCGUCAAAUCGAGGAAGACGAGAUGGCAAGAGCUAAAUACGAGCAAAUGAUUGCCAAUGAAGAAAAAAUCCGCAGGGAACGUAAGCAACGCGCCAUUGAAGUUGCGGAAGGCUUCAAGAAGCAGAGAGAAGAGAAGAUGGAACGUACAAUGCGCGAAAAGCAAGAGCAAUUCGAGGAUGAUUUAUUCUUACGGAAAGAAUACAUUACAGAAGAAGAGAAAGCGAAAGAAAUCGAGCGCCAGCGCAAGGAGAAAGCCAAAGAAGAAGUCAAACGUGCAAUGGAGCAAAACAAAGAAAUGGAAUUUUUCAAGAAACGCAAAGCCGAAAUCGAGAAAGCAGAAGACAAGAAGAUCCUCGAUAUGGCCAUCAAAAACAUGGACGAAGAAGACGAGAGAAGGCGCGCUGAAGCCAAGAAGAAACAAGAAAAACUUCUUGCAAGACAAGCUCUUAUCGAUGCCGAAGCCGCUCGACAAGCAUCGAACAAGAAGGUCGAAGAGGACUUCCUCGAAAAGCAGCUUGAAGAGGAGUACCAGAAGGAGCUCAAGCACAUCAAGGAAAUGACCGAAAAGAGAGACCGAUUGAUCGCUGAAAGAAAGAAAGACAUGCUCGAAGCAGUCAAAAUUCAGAACCAAAAGAAGGAAGCAGCCAAGAGAGACAAGAAGAAGAAAGCAUUCCCAGAUUACUCAAACGACGAAGCAGAUGCAGAAUCAUACAAGAGAGAACUCCAAAAGUUGGCGAACCAGAAAGAAAUUGCCGAGUUCCAGAGGAAGCAAGCUCAGGAAAAGAAAGAAAGAGAAUCAGCAGAAAGAGAAAGAGAGAAACUCGAGUGGCAGGCUAAGAUUGACAAGGACGCACAAGAUACAUAUAUCGCUCAGGAUUACGCAAAGAGACUUCUUGCAAAGAUGGCUGCAGACGACAUGCUCGAUGAAGAUUAA